AUGGCAGUUCGUACACAAGUAAAAUUCUAUUACGAUAUUCUGUCCCCCUAUGCUUGGUUCGGGUUUGAAAAUCUCUGCCGGUAUCAAAAACCUUGGGACCUCGACCUACAGCUCAGACCCAUGAACAUUUGGAAAAUAAUGAGCGAAAGUGGCAACACUGGUCCAUGGAGGAAUCCCUCCAAAUUUUCGUUCAUGAACCGCGACACUCAAAUGGUGGCGGAGAUGUUGGACCUCCCGUAUAAACCAUCAUCUAACUUUGCAGAGGCAGCCGCAGUAAGGGGUUCUUUUCCAACACUGAAAACUCUGGCUGCCUGCCAGAUUCUAUAUCCUGAUCAUUUGGAAGAGUUGUCAAGGCAGUCGUGGCUUGGCUUGUAUUCUAGAGAUAUCGACAUAACUGACGAAGGUAACAUACGGCACUUUGCUCGUGCAGCUCAAAUACCUGAUGUUGACAAACUCAUCGAAUUCAGUUCUUGUAACGAAGCCAAACAGCAAUUAGUUGACAACACUACUGAAGCUUUAGAUUCCAAGUGUUUCGGGGCUCCGUGGUACACGGUAACCAACCCUACAACCGGAAAAAGAGAGAAGUUCUUCGGACACGACAGGGUUGAAAUGUUGGGAUGGGUAAUUGGGAAAGAGUAUAAGGGACACCAUCCUCCACAAUAG